UGUUUGGUUUGGAGGAACCCAUCCGCGCAGCUUCCGCAAGCAUAAAAGUUGCCCUCGCUCGCCCAUCCAACAACAUCACACCCCCUUCUCAAAACUCGUCUUGCCGUCGCUGCUGUUGCUGUUAUUUGCUUUCUUGUUUUGCUUUCUUGCUUUGACCAUGACGACGACCGGAGCCAAGCCAACCAGCCAAAAGGCUCAAAGGGGUGCUAAGAAGCGCCAAACUAGAGGAGGCAAGAAGAAGGAGGUGUCGGAGAAUGCACCAAUCUUCCUGCGCAAGACCUACCACAUGAUUGACACAUGUGACCCUGCUAUUGCUACUUGGAGUGAUGACGGACUAGCCUUUGUGGUGAAGGAUACGGAAAAAUUUGCGUCGGAUAUCAUCCCUCAAUUCUUCAAGCAUUCCAACUUUAGCUCCUUUGUUCGCCAGUUGAAUUUCUACGGAUUUCGUAAAAUCAAGUCGGAUCCCCUUCGCAUCACCGAUGCUGAAGACGAUGAAGCGUCCAAGUAUUGGAAGUUCCGGCACGAUCUAUUCCAGAGGAAUCGUCCUGACCUCUUGGUCGAAAUUAAAAAGUCCAACCACAACGAAAACGCGGACAAGCAAGAUGUGGAAUCGCUCAAGAACGAAAUCAAGCAGCUCAAGUCCCGAAUGACCAGUAUGAGCCGCGAGAUGGAGAAAAUGGCGUCCCUUGUGGCCAGUGUGAUGCAGAAUCAGCAGCAUCUCAACCAGCAGCAGCAACCACCUCCUGCGCCAGAAUCCAACCCUGCGAAAAAGCGAAAGCUCACCGCGUCUCCUCUGCCCGUAUCCAUCGGUUCGAAUGCCUUUGGCGGUGACUUUGACUCCUUGGAUGACAUUUCUGUGGACCUCGACCUUGUCCCCAUCCCCGAAAAGAUUGCUCCUUCUUCGAUGUCUUCGAUGGGUCGCAAUCCGUCGGUCUCGUCCUUUACGUCGACGGAUGAGGAUAUCUUGAGCUCUUUGUUCGCCUUGGACUCGUCCGACAAUGUGGACUACGUGCAGCAAAAGCAGAAUCAAAAGAGUCUCCAGAACUACCAAUUCCCGGCAAAGGGGGCAUCCAAGAAGGACGAACCGGAGAAUGCGCCCGACCCUGUUCUAAUGACCAAGCUCCGAAACGCGCUCUCUGUGCUACCCAAGAACAUGCAACAAAUGUUUGUGGACCGAAUCGUUGCUUUUGCGGUAGACCCUGAUGCGUUCAAGAAACAAGUAGAGGCAGUCGCUUCCUUGGCCCUUGCUGCCGUACAAGAAGCCAAGAAUCGUGUGGGCGCGAGUCCGGUGGCGGAUGAAGCCCAAACCAAUGCACUGGCUUCCGCUGUUUUUGGUGCCUGGCUGCAGCGGUACGGAACCAACUCAAAGGUGGCGCCCGAGACACAGCAUCCUGUCAGCAACACAGCGGCCACCGUGGCAACUCCUGUGAGUAGCAUCGCUGCCGUAGAACCACCAGUCGAGUUUGGUAUUGGUCCUCCUGCCGCUGUCAGUAUGCCGUUGACGACCGAGGCUGAAACUAUCCCCGAAGUACACAUCGAGACGCCCCUUGCCGUGGAGAUCCCUUUCUCAGACGCACUAACUCCGUUGACAGCGCUCUAGCUUGGAAAAGGAAAUGUACGUUACCGAUGUCAUGUUUCCAGCACUCCUUACUCUCCUCAUUCCUGUUCAAGUGGUGCAUCAGCUCAGCCACCCCGUGAGAAGCACGUACUGCUACCAUUCACGGGGAAGGCUCUCCAAGAGGUUACAUUUUUACAGGUACCAGUACAAGACAGACAACAAGCCCAGCUCAGCUCAAGGGCGAUACUUUCACAGGUACAUGAUGAUGUGUUCGUAGAAUCUUUAACUCACACUAUUAGUCAGUUCGUUCUUCACCCUUGUUU